GACAGGACAGGAGGCGUGAACGCAGCUCAGUUUUCCAGGACAGUGAGGAGGAUUGAACUUUCGCCCUCUUUGCUGAGCAGAGACAUGGCCGAGCCUCCUGUCAUCAUUUGGGAGCAGGAAGUUGAAAGUGUGCUCCGUUACAGGGACCUGGUCCCCCGUCUGGAGGACGCUUUGGGGAAGUUCUCCCGACGGGACAGCGCCGAGGUGCUCCAGCCUGUGCGCACCGCGGUGCCGCUGCAGAAGCACAGCGGCUUCAUGGGGCUCAUGCCCACAUACAUGGAGAACGACGGAGUGCUGAGCACAAAGUUCGUCUGUUUCUACAAGAGAGAGAAAGGAUCCACUUUACCGGCUGUUCGGGCCACCGUGGUUCUGCUGGACCCAGAAUGUGGGAACAUCAAGGCUGUGAUGGAUGGGGAGGUCAUCACGGCCAUGAGGACCGCUGCCGUCUCAGCCAUCUCCGCUAAGCUGCUGAUGGCGCCGGGAGCAGAAGUUCUGGCCAUCCUGGGGACCGGCACGCAGGCUCUGAGUCACUUUAACGUCUUCACUGAGAUGUUUUCUUUUAAAGAGGUCCGCGUUUGGAGCCGGACCAAAGAGAAAGUGGAGAGGUUCGUCCGCUCGGCGGGAGGCGGUGUGAGAGGAUGCGGCUCGGCGGAGGAGGCGGCGAGGGGAGCCGACGUCAUAGUGACGGUGACCGGAUCCACGGAGCCGGUGCUGUACGGUCAGUGGGUCAAAGCAGGAGCACACGUGGCAGCUGUGGGAGCCUGCAGGCCAGACUGGAGGGAGCUGGACGACGUGCUGAUGAAGAGCGCGGUGGUGUACGCGGACAGCAGGGAGGGGGCGCUGUCAGAGUCUGGUGAUGUCAUCCUUUCAGGGGCUGAGGUGUUUGCAGAGCUGGGAGACGUUAUCAACGGAACCAAGCCUGCUGAAAGGGAGAAGACAACCGUCUUCAAGUCUCUGGGAAUGGGAGUGGAGGAUGCAGUGUCUGCUCAGCUGGUGUUUGACCAGUGGACAUCUAAAGAAACAAAACCAUGAGAUUUGUUCUUGAUUUCUGACGUUUCAGCUGGAACCUUACAGUCAGAGAGGCGGAGGCAGACGGCAGGCAGUGUGUCAGAGGUUUUAGUGGAGUACGAACCAAGACCGACCAAACUGCUGCCUGCGGGUCACUUUCAGCCUCUGACAUCGGCUCUGGAACAGUCCGAGUUUGACCCUGCACAGCUGGCAGUUGGCAAAAAUGUCGGCACUUUUAAAAUAUUUCGAAGCGAUAUUUUCCCUGACAAAAUAAAAAUGCAGUGCAGCACAAAAUUUUUGAAUUUUAACCACACUUUUUGCUUUUAAUUAAAUUUCAUAAAAAAAAAAAAACAUUCAUUUUUGUCAUUUCACAAACUAAAAUCCAAAAAGGAAACAAAUAAUCUUGUAAAAAAAUAAAAAUAAAACAAAAAUAAUAAACAAUGCCAGACAUGUGUAUAGACAUCACUCCAGAUCAAGAUGUGUAAAAAAGCAUUAAAAUAAAUCCAUUUUCUUUUUCUGUGUUGAA